AUGUCCCACUUCGUAACAUCUCCCCUUUCAAAUCUUAAUUCUAACGUUUCAACUUUAAUAAAUACUCAAAUUACUCUUGAUUUACCAUUAACUCCGAACAGUUUUAUAUCUAAAUCACCAACAUUAAAAAAAUCUCGAGUAAUUGAAAAUAAUAAUGACAAUAUAACAAGUUUUGGAGAAAAUAAUGCUAAAAAAUUUGAAGAAGAUUGUUAUCCUAAGGUUAAUGCGAUACAUUACCAAGGAAAACAUACUUAUUACUAUCAAUAUAAUAUUUUGGAUUUGGGAAAUUAUCUAACAAAUGUGCGACGUACACAAAGAAGUAAAUUUCGAAUUCCAAAUGGUUAUCGGGUUCAAGUUUUAAUUUAUGAACUGGAUGUUAUUUGUCAAACAAAUUACGAAUUUAAUGAAAGGUAG